UUAUUAUGGCUAUUGAGCCAAUACUAUUUUGAUAUAUUUGGUGGUUUUGUGGUUGUGCUGUGUACUAGUAUACCUACUGUAUAUUACCCACAUAUGUCAGUAAUCCCUUUCUGUUAUUUGACCAUAUAAAGCUUGGAAGUUAUUCUAUUGUGCUACGUAAAACAGUUGUCUACACGAUGGAUCGUAUGGGAAAGGUGCCUAAGCGUCCCAUUCCUCGUAGGAAGCCGCGUAUUUUCGUUGGGGAGCAGCAUCGCAUGCUUAAUUUCAAGCAGUUUAUUUUAAUGAGGGAGGAUGAGAUAUCACCUGAGAAAGCUGCUGAGGAGUACAAGAAGUACUAUAAUGAAUUUUUAUCAGCUGAGAUACGUCGUUAUUACGACAUGUAUGAGCCUUUGGCUUUUUUCCGUGAAAAGUUUCAUCCGUAUUAUUUACAGCUUGAACAUGAAUUUGUUAAGGAGGAAGCUUUGAACAGUAACCGUGACUUUGUUUUAAAAUACACUAAUGGUCAACUGGAAGAGCUUCUUCUUGAGAUAAGUUACAGGCGCCUGUAUGGUUUUUCUGGUUCUGACAAUAACAAUCCUUCAACUGAUUCUGCUUACAAGAGUUCUGAGUGGGCUUAUGAAAUUCCUGUCGAAUAUCCCAAGGACAAUACUCACACUGGACGUUUGCCCAUAGAGUCUCCAUUACAAUCUGUUCUUCUUGUCGAUGUUCCUGACAAGAUUUUUAAGCACGAGAUACACAGUGCAAUAAAGCCUCAUUUGGAACGUUUUUCAAUAUAUAUGGCUGAGCGUGACAUGGUUCGUACGGCAUUUAUCAGUGUUGACAACUGUGAUUUGAAGCAGUUGAGUGAUUCGUUAACUACCAGUCUUUUGACUGUUCAGGACUUUUUACUACGUUUCGAGCCUUGUAACCCUUUGCAUGAGCGCCUUCGCGUUCGUGUAUGUCCUCCUGUUUGUUCUCAUCCUAUAGUUAUCGCUCGUGAUAUCGAGUUGACUGGUCGUGUCAUUCGUAAGCUUGAUGGCGAGUUUUGUCCUACUGAGAUUUCGUUUGUUGACAUCUUACCUGCUGAUAUUGACGCUAAAAAGCGUUUGGACCUGCAUAUAACAUAUUUGCGCAAGGUUCACAGUUAUUGUUUCUAUGGUCGUAUUAAGGGCCGUAGUUACAUUGACCUUUGGGAUUUAUGUGGUCCAGGUCAUGUUCGUGUUGACUUAUUAAACGAGUUGUAUGAUAAAGAGGAUGGUUUAACGCCAAAGCAUUUCAACGUCAAGUUUUCAUCUUCUGAAGGUGUUGGUUCUAAGCCUUCUGUUAAUGUUGAGCCUCGAGAAUGGGAGAAGGAGUUGACUUCUGUUUGUGAAGUAUCAAAAUCUCAGUUACAAUGGCUGCGUGAUGUUGAAUCCUUUGCUGAGAAUCUUUUGCUGUGUGAUUUGGGUCCUCCUCCGUAUGAGCAGGACGAGUCUGAGAUAGAGGAGAAAUGGAAGCAAUUUUGCAACAUUAACACGGUGGUUGACGGUCCUGAGCGUUUCCGUUGUCGCAUAUGUCAAAAGUUGUUCAACGACUCUAAGUUUGUGUGGAAGCACCUUAAGUUGAAGCACGGCGACAAUCACAGCAAGAUUGUUAUAGAGUGUGGCGUGCCUCAGAUGAGGGAGAUUUUCACAAAUUGCCACACUUUAUAUCGUUGCAAUCCUUUUGAAAGACUGCUUAACGUUCCAGUUGUGCAAAUGCCUUCUGUUGAGGCUGACUUCCCUCCUAUGGAAUCUAAUGGCAAUUCCGAUACUCGUUACAACGUUCGCAACGAAGGCGGUGGCAAGCGCAGGCGUCGUGAGUACUUUGACUUUGACCGUCCUCAGGCUAAGCGUGAACACAUGGUUUCUUUUGCGCAGGACGAGUACACUCGCCCAAGUGUGAAGUACGAUGACCUUUGAAUACUUAUUUCAUUGUGUUCAAC